AACAGUAAAUCGAUUUCAUUUUACAGUACUCUGGCCUUAAUGAUCGGAUCUUCUGUUCAAGCAUAGCUACAACAAUGGAAGAAGGCGAAGCUAUCUCAAGUCUUAACAACAUUACCCCCUCCACCACGCCCAAAACCCUAGAUCCAAUCGCCCAAAGCAAACACGCCGCACUGCUCGAACGCCUAUCCAAGAAAUCCCAUACUCGCCAAUCCAAUCCCGACAACUCACCAUCGUCAUUGUCAAACCCUCCAUUCGAAUCCACCCAGUCCUUCCUCUCUCUCUUCUCCCAAUCCAAACUCUCCAUCGAGUCCCACCUAUCCCGCAUCCACCAAACCCCACACCCCCACUCCAAUCCUCAACUCAAGUCUGAUCUCCAGAACGUUUCUAUGUCCAUCUCUGAUCUUGAAAAGCUUGUCGCCGAGAAAUCAUACUUCUUGCCCUCCUACGAAGUCCGGUCUUGCCUCAAAACUGUCUCCGACCUCAAACAAACCCUCGAUAACGUCACUUCCGAUGUUGUCCCGAAGAAGAAAUUCGGUUUCAAAAACAAAUCAACGAAAAAAGAUAUAAGCUUGAGCAAUGCGGUAGAGAAAACCCAAAUUGGGAACCCAAUUGUUGAGUCAGAAAACACGGGUUCUAGGGUUUGGGAUUCGCCGGGAUUUAAGGUUAAAGAAAAUGAGGUUUUGGUGAAGCAAUUUGAGGUUGGUUCAGAGGAAGUUGGGGAGUUUACGCUUUCGGAUUUGAGGGGUUGUGAGGUGAGAUUGAUGGGUUGUUUGAGGGCAUUGUUUGUGAACAAGUUGAGGGAUUGUAGGGUUUACGUAGGUCCUGUUUUGGGUUCCGUUUUGAUUGAGGAAGUGGAGGGUUGUGUGUUUGUGUUGGCGUCGCAUCAAAUAAGGAUUCAUCACGCUAGGGGAUGUGAUUUUUACCUGAGAGUGAGGAGUAGGCCGAUAAUCGAGGAUAGUAGUGGGGUCAGAUUUGCUCCAUAUUGUUUGAGGUAUGAUGGCAUUGAGAGAGAUCUUGGAGAGGCGAAUAUCGGUGAGGAGACGGGGAAUUGGGCCAAUGUGGAUGAUUUCCGGUGGUUGAGAGCUGUGCAGUCUCCGAACUGGUCGGUUUUACCGGACUGUGAACGUGUUGGCACUGUUGCUAUACAGAGUUUGGAAAGUUGAAUUCUUGAUGAGCAAUCUCAGUAUUUGAUCAUUGCAUUGAGUAUAAAAGAGGAUGAUUUUUAUUUUCCUCCGUUGCUAUAGGCCAAACGACAGUUCACGUAUGCCUUUGAUAUCCCUCAUUUUGAAGGUUAUGUUUUGAGCUAAACUUCAGUAUCUUGUCAGGUGGUUGGUCCAAGGGGAGGUUGCACCGACAAUUUGUGAAAUGGUGGAAGGGUUGUUAGCCAUAAGGUGACUGUACUGCUCCUUACCCCCUUAUUGUUGGUUAUCUAGAAAUUUAUUUGGGUCUUCUCCUGUUGUUCUCUAUAUUUUGGUGCUGCUACUCCUCUGGCCUCCAAAUAAGAGCUACUAUGAAUUUCAAGUUUGUUUUGCGGUCAACACUAUAUCGCAGCCUCCAAAGCCUGGAUACUUCGACAUUGGGAUUGUGUUCUAUUGGAUGAUGAUACUCCUUGGAUAGUAGUAAUGUACCAAAAGUAUAUUUUUGAAGUCCUGGAGAGGAAGAUGCAUCUCGGGUUGACGUAUAGUGCGACUUGUUAGAAAUAUUACUGUCAUUGGGGAUUUCCCUGUUAUCUCCCCUGAUUGAGAUAUCCUUGGCUUCGCCCAACAAAGAUUAAUUAAAUCAUCGGGGAGAUUUGUUUGGUACUUACUGAAAAAAUUUAUAUUUUUGCAGUUGAUUUUCAAAAUAUUGCAAUUGGAUCAUGUCUCCGACAUACUUGGAUGAGGUUAGCACUUUACGGUUUUGGGGUAAUCCGUGCAACAUUUCCUCAUGUACUCGUUCAAAUUUUACUUGAAGUAGAAGUUUAGCAUGUAAAAUAUAUGAUUC